GGGCGUGUUAGCAAGAAUAUAUUUUGAUACCGCUUUGUUAGCACGUUUGUUGCGAGCUCGGCUCACAGCCGUUACUCUACUGUCUAUUAUUAGGAGCCUAUUUUGCUGUCAGCUCUGUUUCCGAAACGUUUGACUUGUUGUUUUGAGGGGGAUUACGGCUCUUUCAUCGUGAGACCUUCUGAGUUCACCGUCGUUGCAAACCCACCAGAAACCUUCAGCCGAUUUUGCUUGCUCUGCUCUACCUUUGCAUGCCAGCUGUCAGCUGAACCAACUGCUUCUUAGUAAAUAAACAAACAACAAACAAAUAGGUGGGCAUCCUCAAGGAAGGCUUCUCAAGAGAAAACAACGAAACACCGCUACCACUUCAUUCCUAAAGGCUCAACUGCCUCACCUAGAGUCUCGGACUCUGAAUAGCUCUUUUGAAGACAGCUUUGAUUAUUACUUUUUGUAACAAAGCGAUAGAUUUGACUUUCUUUUUUUAAUUUUUUUUUAUCACUGUGCAAGAUUGAUCUGCGCAGUUUGUGAAUCUGGCACAGCUCUUGAGUUGUUUGAUUGAAGACUUUUUGAGCAGUCAAAAUAUAUUUGAUUAGAAGACUCAGAAGAAGACAAGAUAACAGAGACGUACUGCAAAUUGACUGUUUAUAUUGCCGGGUAUGAUUAAUACGUUUCUGCUGAAAUAAUAGAGAAGUGGAAAGGAAAGCAACCGUGUUGCCAACACAAACAACUGAUCCGAGUCUGGAGCAGUUCUUACUUUGCCUGCUAUUCUCUAACUCUUUCUCUGAAAAGUUAACCUUCAAACAAAACCAGAGGGACCCUUAAUUCAAAGCAUUUUAAUUAUGUUGGAACUGCAGCAUAUAUUAGUUCAUGCAGCCAUGAGUGGCAGCUCGCAUUCAACGCUCUAGUAAUGCCAUAACGGGCCGAAUGGCUGGACUGAAGUACUGAACAUAGCAAGGAAAUCCCCAUGUUUUUAUAAACCAGACAUAACUCUUUUACUCAUAGAAAAGUCAGGAGAGCCUGGAGCCUUCUGUGUGGCUGUCUACCAAAUUCCUCAAAUUAAAUUCUUCUUUUAUUUCGACCCAUGCCUCCAUGUGGUGCAAGGAUGCCCCAUAACGCUGUCCACUGUUCUUGAGAAAGCGACCAAAGAGGAGGAGAAAGGGUAGGAAAUGACGGAGUGUUUGACAGAAUACAAAGCGCUGGUGACUCCGUCCACGCGCAAUGGUCACCGCGUCUUCAGCUACACGCUCGAGAGCCACACGUCGGCCGCCUUCGCCAUCAUGAACGAGCUGCGGCUGGAGCGGCAGCUGUGCGACGUCACGCUGCGUGUGCGCUACAAGGACCUGGAGGCGGUGGACUUUGUGGCUCACAAGGUGGUGUUGGCCUCCUCGUCCCCGGUCUUCAGGGCCAUGUUCACCAACGGCCUGAAGGAGUGCGGUAUGGAGUUGGUGCCCAUCGAAGGAAUUCACCCCAAGGUUAUGGACAGACUGAUAGAGUUUGCCUACACAGCCAGCAUCUCUGUGGGUGAGAAGUGUGUCAUCCAUGUGAUGAAUGGUGCUGUCAUGUACCAGAUAGACAGCGUGGUCAAGGCCUGCUGUGAUUUCCUCGUCCAGCAGCUUGACCCCAGCAACGCUAUUGGCAUUGCCAGCUUUGCAGAGCAGAUCGGUUGCACAGAGCUCCACCAGAAGGCCAGAGAAUACAUCUACAUGAACUUCAGCCAGGUAGCAACCCAAGAGGAAUUCUUCAACUUGUCCCACUGCCAGCUGGUCAACCUGAUCAGCCGCGACGAGCUCAACGUGCGCUGUGAGUCCGAAGUCUUCCAGGCAUGCGUGGCCUGGGUGCGAUAUGACCGGGAGAACAGGCGACCGUACGUCCAAGCCUUACUCCAGGCUGUCCGCUGCCAUUCCCUCACCCCCAACUUCCUGCAGACCCAGCUUCAGUCUCUGGACUGGGACCCACAGUGUAAAGACUACCUGGCUCAGAUCUUCCAGGACCUCACCCUCCACAAACCCACCAAAGUGAUUUCUUGCAGAACUCCCAAGGUGCCGCAGCUCAUCUACACAGCAGGGGGUUAUUUCCGUCAGUCGCUCAGCUACCUGGAGGCUUACAACCCUUGCACGGGAACCUGGCUGAGGCUUGCCGACCUGCAGGUACCCCGAAGUGGCCUGGCCGCCUGUGUGAUCAGUGGGCUUUUCUAUGCAGUUGGUGGAAGAAACAACGCGCCUGAUGGUAACAUGGACUCAAACGCUUUAGACUGUUACAAUCCUAUGAACAACUGCUGGCUGCCGUGUGCACCCAUGAGCGUGCCCAGGAACCGAAUCGGAGUCGGAGUCAUCGAUGGCAUGGUAUAUGCAGUUGGUGGAUCACAUGGGUGCAUUCAUCAUAAUAGUGUGGAAAGGUAUGAUCCAGAACAGGAUCAGUGGCAGCUGGUAGCCCCGAUGUUAACACGACGUAUCGGUGUGGGUGUGGCGGUCAUCAACCGGCUGCUCUACGCUGUGGGGGGGUUCGACGGGGCCAACCGGCUCAGCUCCUGUGAGUGCUACAACCCUGAGAAGGAUGAGUGGAAGACCAUGGCUCCGAUGAACACGGUCCGCUCCGGAGCUGGUGUGUGUGCACUUGGCAAUCAGAUCUUUGUGAUGGGCGGAUACGACGGCACCAACCAGCUGAACACGGUGGAGCGCUAUGAUGUAGAAACCGAUACGUGGAGCUUUGCUGCCUCCAUGAGGCACAGACGCAGUGCUCUGGGAGUCACUGCGCUGCAUGGACGCAUCUAUGUGUUGGGAGGUUACGAUGGCAGCACUUUCCUCGACAGUGUGGAGUGUUACGACCCAGAGCAGGACACUUGGUCAGAGGUGACCCACAUGACUUCAGGGCGCAGCGGCGUGGGAGUGGCCGUCACCAUGGAGCCCUGCCAAAAGGAUUUAUCGCAGUGUCAGGCGUGUGACGGUGGAAGAACCAGUGGCAAGGCGGACCCUUCGGCAAAUGCACGCGAAGAUCUGAGCAGGACCCGAUCCACACACUGACACGCAUGCACAGACAAGCAUCUCAAAACUGACCUGUGAAAACUGGUCCUUAAAAUUGAGUAUCGUUAUAAGAUCCAGACAGUCCAGCUUUGUGCUCCAACGCGGCAUUUAAAGCCCUCAGCUAGAUCAUCAUUUGUAAAGUUCAAGAAAAGGGCUCCAUAGUAAAAAGGUCACUUUACUGGCCCGAUGAGUCAUCAGGGGCUCUUUAUUGCAUUUAAAGAGCAAACUAAAUCUGAUAGGUGAAGGAAAUACUUCAAGCGAUCAGAUUAUGUAAACAAAACGUAGCAUUUGUGUGUGUGUGUGUGUGUGUGUGUGUGUGUGUGUGUGUGUGUGUGUGUGUGUGUGUGUGUGUGUGUGUGUGUGUGUGUGUGUGUGUGUGUGUGUGUGUGUGUGUGUGUGUGUGUGUGUGUGUGUGUGUGUGUGUGUGGGCAGCAAUCAAAGUGCCAUUACAAUGCCUGUGGGCAUUAUCACUAUGUCAGUAUAUUCUCCUGAGGUGCUUGUGUGGGAAGGCACAGGCUGAGUCACUGUGUGGAAAUUAGUGUUAACCCAGAGAGCCGCAAGAUGAAGAUCAUACGGUGGGCCUCAUGCAAGAGCUUGUUUGACGUGCUUAUACAGGCCAUCUUAAUUCAGUCCAAUAGUUCUUUACAAAAUCACAAUCUGCACAUUAAAAAAAAAACAUAAAUAAAUAAAGAAGAAGAAGAAUUUAAGCUCCUGAUGUUGGAUAUAUCCAGUACUAGCAGUCCAAAAAACUGUAGUAACAGGAGGUUUUUGAUAUAGCACAGAAACCAUUAUUUCCCUCCUGUUUAUUGUAUAUGUAGACAGUUAUUUGCUGUUAUUUUUAGUAGUAAUGCACAUGUUUAAACUCAACCUCUGUUUUUUUGCAUAAAAAAUGAGUUCUAAUCUAUUUUUAUUUAAAGUGGACAUCCUGUAUGACGCCUGUGAAGGCACGCGGAAGAUAUUUAAAUCGGUUGUUGUUGAUCUAAACUGAAGACAGAUUCUGCAGCUCCAGAGCUCUUAUCCCACCUUAAAUAUUUUCAAGAACAUUUUGGAUUACUGGAUCACACACAAGAAUAUACCUGUGUUAUAAAAGAGGGUUUUCAAGCAAGCUGGCAAGGUGGUUCCAGUUUUAAAUCCAAGAACAAACGGCCUGUGCGAGGCAUUUGGUGUUGGUGUGAUCCCUUGACUGCAACACCACCCAUGACGUGUGCUGUUAGAUUCCAAGAAGAAAUACUUUGGCCCUUCUUACAUGACUACCUGAUGCUCGGUUGCAGGUUUAUUUUGGUAGGCACGGCUAAAACUAGCAGUCCUGCAGUAAAUCCAGCUUUCACAGUGGGUUUCCACUGUUUUGUCGCCUUUUAGUGAUCUUACUGGGGCAAAAUAAUAAACGCCUGUCACUUUGGUGCAUAACACUUCCACAGAAUCACCACCUUUUUAUGGAACCACUUAAUCAGAAAUUACAACCUUCAUGAAGGUAGGAUUUAUUGCAGGAUGUCAUAUUAUAGAGCAUUAGAUCUAGUUAAGUGUGUAUAAUCAUAAACUGGCAGCUGAGUUUCUGUUCCUUCAACUGCAGUCAUUAUGCAGCUGUAUGGGUGUGGGGGAAAAUGUGCAUGCACCUGCCAAAUUGUAUAAAUUGUCAUCUCAGAUUAUGGUAGAAAAGAUCUGCUUUAAGCAAGUGGUUCUUGCAUGAGGCCCACUGUCACAAAUUCAAGUGUUGAUACAAGAGUCUGCAUAGUAACAAAUGUGUUCUUUAACUGAUUGCAUAAAAUGUGAAACUUUAGUAAAAUACUGAGCGAUGCUUCUUCUCGGGCUCCACGAUUGUCGUCCAGUGGGAUCGGUGUGCAAAGCGCCAACAGAAUGAAGAAAUUAGUUUAGGCUGUGUUUAGAGGAAUCAAUACUGUAGCAUUUAACGGCCUGAAUUCAAACAUCUCACUGAAUGUGGUUUGUUUUUUUUGUUUUUUUAUUUAAAUAUUAAAAAAAACCACUAUUUACAGGCAGAAAUGAGACCCUCCCACCCGCAGUAAACAAUUUUUUGGGUUUUCACAUCCUUGAGACCUCAGAUACAGAAAUGACCAUGUUUGUGCAUUAGUGUUCAAAUAUUGUAUACUAAUGAUUUAAAAAAGAAAAAAAAAACUUGCUUAAAAAAUUGUAUUUGUAACAGCGGUUUAAGCUACAAAUGUUUUUAAGUGAUGUUUUGUACAUUGAUAUUCUACAAAGUCUUGUACAGGAAUUCAGAGCUCACUUUUUUAUUUAUUUGUUCAGGUCCUUUGUGAUUUUUCUUCUUCCUCUAAACUGACAUCAGCUUUGUAUUAAAUUGGACUCUGGUGUAGUGUUUUAAUAACUAGCAUGCAUUGUAACAAACUAGGAAUGCCUGUUAAUGCAGAUUUUGGAUGUUUGUUUAAAAAAAACAAAAAAAAUAAAUAAAACAAAAAAAAGAGAAACCGACGCUUCACCUUGAAAGGGACCUUUUUUUCCCCCCUGUCCAGUGGUUGGAUUACAGAUGAAAAUAUUUAACAUCUGCUUUGUACAUUUCUCCCCCCAAGCAAGAACUACCCUGUACAGUAAUGCACUGUUAAUUAAAAUAUGUUUAUUGCA